AUGAAGAGCCCGGCUCGCAGCACCAGGGACAUCGAGCGUCAGGCUGGCUACCUGAGGCCGGAGCACUGUGCCCCUCCCCCGCCUCGCGGCGCCUCCGACACCAUGUGGUUCAUCCGCGACGGCUGCGGAAUCGUGUGCGCCGUCAUCACGUGGUUGCUGGUCUUUUACGCCGAGUUCGUGGUGAUGUUCGUGAUGCUGUGGCCCGCUAAGAACGUGGCCUACAGCCUCUUCAACGGUGUGCUAUUCAACAGCUUGGCCUUUCUCGCCCUGGCUUCGCACGCCAGAGCCAUGUGCACUGACCCAGGAGCUGUGCCUAAAGGAAACGCCACCAAAGAAUUCAUUGAAAGCCUCCAACUCAAACCGGGACAGGUGGUCUACAAGUGUCCUAAAUGCUGUAGCAUCAAGCCUGACAGAGCUCACCACUGCAGUGUGUGCAAACGCUGCAUCAAAAAGAUGGACCACCACUGUCCUUGGGUCAACAAUUGCGUCGGCGAGAACAAUCAGAAGUACUUUGUGCUGUUCACGAUGUACAUAGCGUUAAUCUCAUUCCACGCGCUGGCCAUGGUGGGCUUCCAUUUUGUAUUUUGCUUGGAAGAAGAUUGGACAAAGUGCAGCGCCUUCUCUGCACCAGCAACGGUCAUCCUCCUCAUUCUCCUGUGCUUCGAGGGGCUUCUGUUUUUAAUUUUCACCGCAGUCAUGUUCGGGACACAGGUGCACUCCAUCUGCACCGAUGAGACAGGUAUCGAGCAGCUGAAAAAGGAGGAGAGAAAAUGGCUGAAAAAGUCAAAAUGGAUGAAUAUGAAGGUCGUAUUCGGUCACCCGUUCUCUGUGGCCUGGUUCAACCCGUUAGCGACGCCCGAUCAUGGCAAGGCAGACGUAUACCAAUACAUAGUGUGA